AUGAUCGCACUAGGUGCUGGUAUCAGCACAUCUGCUGCCAUUCCCGACUACCUCGGCACCAACGGCCUCUGGCGCACCCACAAUGCAACCAGUAAGGUAGAUGGAAAGAAGAAGCCUCUGCGUUUGCAACUGCCUGAAGCCAGCUUUGCCAAGCCUACACGCCGAUUUGGCGACUCGUCUGGUGCGCUUUCUGGAGGUCCGCGGAUUCUCGCCAACACACCGACCCAGUCCCACAGGCCACAGAAACGCGUAGUUGCGAAGAACGGAGAGAGAGGAACCAAUUACGAGGAUGAGGGAUGCUGGCGAUUCGCCAACAUCGCCGCAUUCACUGUAAAGCAGCAAACACAAUCGUCGUCAUCGUUGUCGUGGCUUGGCAAAGCUGGCUUCAGGCAGUCGCAACCGCAGAGGCUUCUUCUUUCCAUCAACACAAGCACGCACACUUACAAACUAAAUGCCGAGCUUAUUGGUUUCAUUGUGUGUGCGCUAGAGGCCGUUGGUGCCGCGAUAGUCGGGAAUGGCAGCAGAUGUGCUGAUGCCAGCACCUGUGUAUAUCACUGUCUGUCCAUAAUUCUUGCUCAGCGAUCGAAAGGCGCUGAAAUACGUCAGCCUGAGGUUUCUAUUCUUCUUCUUCUUCUGCUGCUGUUGCGGAGGGCGACAUCCACGCGAAGAGUGCAUGGCCAGGUGAUGUGGCUCAGUCGAGCUGAUGAGGAAGUCCGCGCGACAACGGCAGAUGACAGCUUCGAAGCUCGCGGUUAUCACUGGUACGCAUGCACUGGCGACAGCGCAGUUCAUUGUCGCAUCUGUAAGUCACCACCACCAGAUGCUCCCCACCCCACGGCAAAUUCUCAACAUCGUUGCCAGGUUUUCAUAACUAAGCAUACCCACCUAGGAGGAGGCUUCAGAAAGUCAAUGCACCAUGACGUGAUGGUGGUGGUGGCGGUGGAGGCGGUGCAGGCGCGCGCGACCGCGACCUCCUCCACGAUGCUAAGCUGCUGUGAGCAUUCUCCCGACCCGUAUAUAUCUCAUCCUACUCUCCUCCUCCUCCUCCUCCUGUCCUCAAUCGUUCCGUCUCGACUCCACACUGUCUCCUCCAUUGUGCUCCUUCGAAGCAAGCGCAGAAGGCCAUUUUCCUCACCAGCUGCUGCUGCUGCUCCGCCCACGUCUUCCUGUCUGCUAUUUCCAUCCUUCUACAACGCAAAUGCGUGCUUUAGGAAACAAACAUGUCAAACCGCCGAGGCAACACAAGGCCAGCAUUCCGCUACCACUUCUACCCAUACUACUACUACUACCACCAAAGCUGCUGCCGCCGCCGCCGCCGCAACCACCACUACCAAAUACUUCCGCCAACUCCUACUACUCCCACCAUUACUACUACCCCCCCUAACUAACUGCUACAACUACCACCACUACCACUUCUAA